ACCAUGGAGUUCAAAGGAGUGUGUGUGCUGCUGGGAGUACUACUACUGGUGAACUGUUCAUUUCAGCAGACUUCACCAAGGAAGCCAGUGAAAAAAGAUACAACUAAGGAUGCGGCCAUUGAGUCACUACAGAAACAGAUUAACGACAUCAUCCAGGAGCUGAACCUACUGAAGGAACAGCAAGCCCUGCAGACAGUCUGUUUGAAAGGCCUAAAGAUUCAUGGCAAGUGUCUCUUGGCUGACCCUGUGAGAAAAACCUAUCACACUGCCAGCGAAGACUGUAACGCCCUGGGCGGAGUCCUCGGUACGCCCACAUCCAGCGAUGAAAACGACCAGCUCAGAGACUACAUCCGCCAGAGCAUCGGCUCAGAUGAGCAGAUCUGGCUGGGCAUCAACGACAUGGUGACUGAGGGCACCUGGGUGGACCAGAUGGGCUCCAGCAUUACAUACAAAAACUGGGACACGUCCAACAACCGGUCCCCUCAGCCAGAUGGUGGAAUGUCCCAUAACUGCGCGGUCCUGUCCGGGGCCACCCGUGGGAAGUGGUUUGACGAGAGCUGUCGUGAGGAGAAGCCCUCCGUCUGCCAAUUCAACAUUGUUUGAUCGCCUUUAUCUCAUCAUAGACUGUGCAUGGUUAUAGUUGCUUUCACUGUCUACUCUUGCUGCAAUGCCACUCUGCCUGCUAUUCUAAAAGGAGUUUUAAGCCAGUGGUUCUCAGCUGGUUUUGCAUCAAGAUUACAUUCUGAUCUUGAAGUCACAGUCAAUAUGAAGUUGUUCGUUUUGACUAAAGUGAUCCGGUGACAUGUCAUUUGCAGCAUUCCUUCUGGUCACAAUAAAACCAGGGAGAAUGCAGUGCGGUCCAGAAUAAGCGGAAGAAAAUCCAUGAUUUCUACCUUCAUUUAAUGUAUUUUUGUACAUUUUCUAUAAAAAAAUAAAAUACAAGUAAUUUAGAAACAUAUCUAUUGGAUGAUCAUAGUUCAAAAUACCAGUAUUCCUGCAACAAAAGCGGUGUGUAGGUGCCGGCACCUUUCACUAAUGUAAAAACUGGCUGUAACUUUCCAUUAUUUUCACACAUCCACACCUCUAUUACAGCAGAUCCAUGACUUACUGGUUGAGAACCACUUGUUUAAACUUAGGCAUCCCUUCAUAACUACUGUAUUUUAACGACAAGACUCUCAUGCAGUCAGAAUUAUAUGUGAUAUUGCAUUAAAAAUUACAAUACAUUCUUUCAAGAGAUUAUUUCAGUUUGCUGGUCUUGUAGUCUCCUAUAAUGUCUGGCCUGAUGUAACCUGUAAAAUGACCAUCAAUAAACUAUGAAAACCCAUUCCUCUAUGGUAAUUUCUUGAAGUAAAGGUUUUAGGCAAUACAGUUGUAUUAGAUGAGAAGAUUGACUUUCAGCAAGAAAGUAAAUGCGUG